AUCUUUUCUUGAUCCCUUCGCGAAUCAACUAUCACAAAUAUUGAAGCAAAAUACUCGAUGGUGAAGGCCGGUCAAUUCCAGCCACUGUUCAUGCACUGAAGGCUCACCGACUUCGUGUCAAGCCGUACUCCAGUCAUUCCGCGUCAAUCGCGCUGCUUGUUGCGAUCUCUUUCUCUCUUUCUCUCGUCUCUCCUUUCCGACCCCAAAUGUACCGUGGUAGUGCGGGGCAAUAGAGAUAUAUCCCGAGAACAGGAAACGCCUUCAAUCUUUCCACAUUUGUUAUUAACAAGCACUCAAUGGCACCAUUUCAAGGAAAGCACAAGCCAUUUUGGGGUCAAAGGAUUCAAUCUCAAUGUAUCGGUAGAUGGUAGGUACAAUUAGAUGAAUUUCUGGAGGAUUAUGUCCCUGACCUAGCGAGCAAUAUUGACGUUUUUCUUGCAUUCGGACCCAUGGUACUUUUGUAAUGCCAUCGAUUUCUUUGCAUUAGUGGCCAACCCAGCGGAUCUCUCUGGGAAAAAGUCCGUAAUUGCUGGAGAUUUACUCAUCUUUUUUGCCAUCCAUCCAUGAUGCUACAGUAUCCAUUGAGUCUUGGCUCUUUCUCUCUGCUCGCGGUCCGCAAACUUUUUUCUCACCCCCAUGGUAAUGGCAUGUUCCCAUAUUUUGUCCGGAUCAGUGGGACAAGGUAUCUCGCGAGCUCUUUUUGCCACCCCGCUGCAUCGACAAUUUCAAUAUCUGCAGACGUUUCUCAGAACGGAGAUUUGGUACGUUCAAGCUAUCCAAGAUCAUCGCUUCUAUGCGUUCCCAUGCUGUGGUGGAGUUUGCCUAAUUAUGUUGAUAUAUUAUCACUGGCAACGGCACACGCCAACACAUCGCUCGCUAUCAUAUCCAAAGAGCCGCAUUCAUGACUUGCAGGUGGUUCAAGCCAUUGUCCUAUCUAAACAGCUUCUCGAUUCUGCUACGGGAAAUCACUCCAUGAUCCUUGUUCAACGCUAACCAUUAGACUCUGCAAUAAAUCACACAUGUCUCGCCAUCAAUGAAGGAAAGUCCUGCACAGAACCCCUAGAACAUCCACUCAAUCAUAGUCAGCCUUAUUCUUCAACACCACAACACUAUCCAUACAUCAUUGUAUUCACAUACACGGCACUGAGUGUGUGCAUAUUUCCCUGUAUACCUUAAACAUUGGGCUCAAUUGCAUCCAUAUCGUCAGAUCUGUAGCGUUCGGCACUUAUCUAAAUUCAAGGCAUACUCACUGCCUGAUAUCGAUCGAGGACGGGGUGUCUUACCACACUUCAGACGACGGGCAUACCUUCUGUCUUGGGGAUCUGAUCACACUCUGACAUCUUAAGAAUACCAAAAUGGGGUUCUACAUGGCAUAUUUAGAGAAUUUGUGCCGUCGACGAGGCUGGCAAGGUCCCCAGUACAAGACGUACCGCGACGCACAAGGCUUCACUUGUCUCGUUCUCGUCAAUGGACAGGAGUACCAAACAGAUCUAGCAUACCAAACCGAUGCCUUGGCUCAGGAGAAUGCCGCCACACAGGCCUUUAUGGUUUGCCGUCAGUCGUCAGUUAAUGGAGGGAUGUUGGCUCGUAAUGGCGUCAUCCAAGGAUUGCCUGCCAACGAGACGGCCAGCCGCAACAAGAGGAGAAAUGAUCGUCAGCGGCAACAUUCCGUAACGCUCAGUAGCAGCUCCUCGAGCACAUCUUCCGAAUCGGAAAAUAGAGACGUCAGAUACCCAAUGACUGUCGGCAGUUAAGAAGUGACUGCCGGCGAAUCCAUGUUGGUGCAAUACGAUGCACUACGUACUACCCACCUAUACAUGAAACGAUACAGCAGGGACCCCGAGGCAAAUGAAAAAUUACGACUUACGACUAUCCAUGACAAAGACGGAUCAUUACGGGCGGCAUAUUAUCAAAAGGAAAGAAAAUUCCACUGGCACGAUGCUAUUAACGACUCCCUUGACGAACUUUUCCAGAUACUGAAUUUUCAUCCAUUUCAUUCAUUCACAUCAUCAUGAGAUCAACGAAUUGCACGAAUUUCCUUAACUCUUUUAUAUUUCCUUCUUGCUUUCUCAUGAAAUCUUGUUUUUGCUUGAAGCGGAAUGAUCAAGAAUCUACAAUAUCUACAAGAUACAAAUACUAUUGCAAAAUGCUAUUGUGUAUGACGAAUGGGGCCACGAUUUUCUUGGGUAUCACAGCACCGGAAUCUCGUGGAGAAAAUGAGGCGACUCGAUAUUCCUGUACACGGUCUUUACGGAGAGGCAACUUUCCUACAUGUUUUGCCUUUGGGUGGUUGCGUUGUGGUGAUUGAGUGCUUGUUUGUAGUGAGCAAGUAAGCGAGUGGCGAGAGAAAUAUCAGAGGAAGAUGGUGGGAGGGUUUUUAUGUUGUGGUUUUGCAUGGUGCGAUUGUUACAGGUGAUGAAGACGGAGGUUACACUCUUUGUGGGGGAUAGCGAUGCAUUGCAUGGAGGAAAACCUGUUUGAGCGUUUGAGAUGGUGGGUGGAUCAUGAACAUAAACAUGAUGUUAUGAGUGAGCGUUGCAUUGGGGGCUCGCGCUUCUUCUGCGCGGCGAUUGAUUUUCUCGAAAUUAUGAUUGAUGACUUAUGGAUACAUUUUUCUUAUAUUUAUGAUGAUGAUGAAGAAAAAAGACUUAGGGCUACCUUACUUUACGAAUUUACUAUUUCACCUACC